GAGACAGUGCUUGAAAUAGUGGGUGCGCCAACAUGUCCCGUGGUUCCAGCGCUGGGUUUGAUCGCCACAUUACCAUUUUUUCACCCGAGGGCCAGCUCUACCAAGUAGAAUAUGCUUUUAAGGCUAUUAACCAGGGUGGCCUUACAUCAGUAGCUGUCAGAGGGAAAGACUGUGCAGUAAUUGUCACACAGAAGAAAGUACCUGACAAAUUAUUGGAUUCUAGCACAGUGACUCACUUAUUCAAGAUAACUGAAAACAUUGGCUGUGUGAUGACAGGAAUGACAGCGGACAGCAGAUCCCAGGUACAGAGGGCACGCUAUGAGGCAGCUAAUUGGAAGUACAAGUAUGGCUAUGAGAUUCCUGUGGACAUGCUGUGCAAAAGAAUUGCUGAUAUUUCUCAGGUCUACACACAGAAUGCUGAAAUGAGGCCUCUUGGUUGUUGUAUGAUUUUAAUUGGUAUAGAUGAAGAACAAGGCCCUCAGGUAUACAAGUGUGAUCCUGCAGGUUACUACUGUGGGUUUAAAGCCACUGCAGCAGGAGUUAAACAAACUGAAUCAACCAGCUUCCUUGAAAAAAAAGUCAAGAAGAAAUUUGAUUGGACAUUUGAACAGACAGUGGAAACUGCAAUUACAUGCCUAUCUACUGUUCUAUCAAUUGAUUUUAAACCUUCAGAAAUAGAAGUUGGAGUAGUUACAGUUGAAAAUCCUAAAUUCAGGAUUCUUACAGAAGCAGAGAUUGAUGCUCACCUUGUUGCUCUAGCAGAGAGAGACUAAACAUUGUACGUAGUUAGUUUACCAAAUCCAUGACGCCACUUGCCUGUGUGUUUGGUAACAACAGACCAACAUUAUGGAGGCCCCUGGAUUGAAAAAGGAACCUCUCCCACUCCUCCUGCCACUGAAGUGGUUAGGACUCUGUAUAAAAAAAAAAAAAAAUAGUGCUUUUG